CACCCGUAAAGGUGGCGCCGAGCCAAGUGACGCAUCCAAGCAUCAACGAGUUUGGGAGGAGCCAGCCCAACAUCUCAUCUUUUAUGCUGAAGGAGCCCAAGAAAAUAGAUGAAAAUGUACGCAAGUCUAUAUUCAAAACCGCCACUAAAGAACGAGCAGAAAAGAGAUUUACGUGGGCCACCAACUUUGACUUUUCACUAGUAUCCAUGGCAUGCGUUGUAGGUAUCACCAAUUUCGUCGUCUUCCCCCAAAAAUGCAAGCAGCAUGGUGGGAUGGCUUUCUGUGUACCUUACGUGAUCGUAGUCAUAUUCAUGGGUCUUCCUUUGUACUUUCUGGAAACUUUGCUGGGCCAAUACAGCGGCCAUGGAACGAUUGCUAUAAUGAAUGAGCUAGUACCCGCUUUUGUCGGAAUAGGAUACGCACUCGUUGUCAAUAACUUCGUGGAGUUUAUGAGAAAUGAGGUGGAUAGUGCGAGAUUACUCUACUUAUCCAUCGUUACCAUGGAACCUACAAUUCCAUGGGCAAUAUGCUCCGCGAGCAACUCUGUUGCAUGCUACACAAAAGCUGACGAUCUCUACUGUAUGGAUAAGUUUGGAAACACCUCUGUGUUUUUCAAUUUGACCUGCACUCCCAUUUCAACCAUAUGCAAAACCCUCCACCACGUAAAUUCUAGCGGUGAAAACUGCCAACAGAAAAACGGUUCAUGGGUACCUUAUAAUAAGCUCAUUCAGCGUUCGACACCUGAGCGCGAGUUUCUGUAUCGCCACAUUCUCAACAUGGAGGAUGCCACUCUGUCCCACUUGGGACCGGUUCACUGGCCAAUGUUCUUCUGUCUGGCAGCUUGCUGGUUAAUGACCUACUCGCUGGGUUACAACGGCUUCUCUACAACUGCCAAGAGCGCCUAUCUUACGGUUUUCGCGCCAUUAUUUGGCCAGUUCUUGAUCUUCCUGAAGGCUUUCUCUCUCGACGGAGCCGACGAGGGCAUCCGAGCGUACCUUACAUUCGACGCCACCUCACUCUCAUCAAAACAUGUGUGGAUUGAUGCCAUCAAGACGUGCUUCAGCUCUCUGAGCCUGGGCCUGGGUCUGAUCAUCGCAAUUGGCAGCGCCAAUAAACCGUACAAGAACUGCUUGAAGACGACCGUUGUGGUCAUUCUGCUCGACACCCUGGUCUCGUUGGCCAGUGGGCUGGGAUUUUUUGCCCUGAUUGGUCAUUUGGCGCACACAUUCCAUAUGACGGUAGAGGAGCUGCUGGCAGGGGAGACAGAUGUCAUGUUCACAACACUACCGUUGGCGCUGACGUCUCUGAACUUUCCCCGAAUCUACGUGGUAGUAUGCUACACAUCUGCGACAUUGGUCAGCUUUGGCUAUCUGACAGCGGUGAUUGCCAUGACUACUUACGACGGCAAAGAUAUUUUCAAUUCUUUUACCAACCGGCGCGGUGACCAGGAAAAGAAAGCGUCUAACCUGUUAAUCUACCAGUAUAACAUCAUUACCUGUACUGUUGGCUUCACUAUUAGCAUAAUGUUCGUCGUUAAAGGCGGCUCAUUGGUGCUAGAAGUGACAGAUGUAGCACGUCACAUCGACAUGUCAUUUAUCAUCGCCUCUUUGCAGGCCAUCGUCAUCUGCUUCUUUUAUGGCAGUGGUAGCCUGCUCGAUCUCGUGGAGGACGAGAUGGGCAUCACGUUGGGGCGGUUGCGCCCGUACUGGGCGCUGUCGUGGAACAUUGUCGCGCCCGCCGCGCUGGCUAUUCUUGGCCACACGCUCCAUGGCAACUCGUACGUGCCCUUCGAGCGUCAGAUGGCGGAGGGAGAGAGGAUACGGCGGGAGUCGGCGCGAAUCUGA